UCCUUUCGCCUUUCCCCUUUCCCCUUUACCCUUUGCUUGUCCUCAACGUUGGGUAGCCUAUAAAGUAAUUUAAAAUUGACUUAAAUGCAAAACUCUGUCAAAUUUCACUAGAGAGAAAUUGGUGAGAGGCAUACGCCUACCAUUAACACUUAUGUCACAACAAUCCACACCCAUUUCUCACAACCCUUUUGUUCGUGGUGCCAGUGGUUUUCUCGACAGUGAAAGAUAGAAGAAGGAGGAGAAGAAGAAGGAGGAGAAGAAGAAGAAGGAGAAGAAGAAGGAGGAGGAGGAGAAGAAGAAUAAGAAGGACCCAAGGUAGAUGCAGGGAGAAAGAGAAGUUUUGUUUGUUUUGUUUUUGUUACUGAUGCUCUUUCAAUGGGGAAGAAUGAGGACCAAAAUCUGCAGCAAAGAGAGCAGAAUGUUGAAUCAGGGAACAAUCAUGGACAUCCUGGAUUCUUGUCGAGCUUUUCAAACGUGUUCAGUUUCAGAUGUGUUUUUGUUUUGUUCCUCAGUUUGUCGGCGUUGUUGUCUGGGAUCUUCUGGAUCCUCCCUUCUCGCUCUGUGAAAUUUGGGUUCGAUUCUAAGCAAGCUAUUAAGCUCAGCGCACCGGUUCAAGCAUAUUUUACACUUGAGAAACCGGUGUCGGAGCUCGUUCGGCAUAUCGGAAAGUUAGAGUAUGAUAUCUAUGAAGAAAUAGGUGUUCCGUAUACUAAGGUGGCUAUCCUAUCCAUGCACAAGUCCAGUGCAUCUAAUUCUACUUAUGUGGUGUUCGGUGUUCUUCCCGAUCCUGUAAAUAGACCGAUAAAUCCAGUAUACCUAAGUGUGCUGAGAUCAUAUUUAAUCGAGCUGUUCCUCCAUCACUCCAAUCUGACUUUGACGACCUCCGUGUUAGGGCAGCCAUCUGAGUUUGAGAUUCUAAAGUUUCCUGGGGGGAUCACUGUAAACCCUUUACAAUAUGCUUCUAUCGGGCAAAUAACCCAUAUUUUAUUCAAUUUUACUCUAUAUAAUUCGAUAUCUGAAAUUGAUGACAAAUUCAUUGAGCUAAAGGAUGAGCUAAAAUAUGGAUUGCAUCUGAGGUCUUAUGAGAAUUUGUUUGUGCAAUUAACAAACAGAAUUGGCUCCACAAUGUCCUCUCCGAUCAUAGUUCAGGCUUUGGUGAUGUCAGAUGGUUUCGGUAGCCUUCUGCCUCAGAGAUUAAGGCAGUUGGCUCAAACCAUUACAGGCUCUCCAGCAAAGAAUCUCGGGCUUAGUAAUUCAGUCUUCGGUAAAGUUAAAAGCACGAGCUUGUCAUCUUAUCUGAAGGGUAAGCUUCAUCCUACCCCUCCCACUCCUCCACUAGCUUCGUCUCCAAGACCGUCAAUGUCCCGGCAUCCUCCUUUUUCACCAAGUCGUUCUCCAGCACCAGCACCCAAGAAGCAUCAUCUUCCGCCUUGUCCCAAAUGCAAAUCUGCUGCUCCUUCCAGUCAUAGUCCAAUUCAUUCACCAGGUCCGGGAAGUGGCUUCUACCAUACUUUUCCGCCUUUGAUUUCUCCUGAAACUUCUAGUCCAGCAAUUCACCAUCCACCCCCCCUGUCCGUACACUCACGCUGCAAUUCCACCAAGCUCUUCUCCGAGAUCUCGUUCUAGACAAUUUUCUAA